GAGGUCCAAACUAAGUGUAAAGAGGGAGGAGUCUCUGCUUUCCCACACUUCCCUUUGACCGGAGGAAGACCAAAAGAGUUUCAAGGGUCAGGAGAUUUGAACCUCUCAUCAGCGACUGAUGCUAAGAAUUAGUCUUUGGAAUAACAAGUUAUACAUCACUGGCCAGGUUCAAACUAUACACUGAUAAAAGGGUGCUUUGGGACUCUCAUAAGAAGCCAGGACCUCCGAGCUCGCUGAAGUGUGGACGUUGAAGGAUUCUCUGAAGAUUCCCGGAAAUAAGAAAAGGACUAAAAAAUAGCCAUCAAAGUCCAGUGGCAAGUGCCCAGAAGUAAGACACUGCCCAGGAUCCUCAGCCAACUCAAAGUUGGUGAAGCCAGCAGCUUCCUUCUCCAUUGCAGCUGCCCAGCUCACUCUGCAGUUCAUGAGCUGUUUUCUGCCCCAUUCUUCCUCACUAAAAUGACCUCCACUGCCUCGGAUUCCUCAACUGCCAUGGUUGCAGCUUCAGAGCAGUCGAAGAGUAAGAUCAGUGACCUGCGGGUGUCUGAUCUCAGAUUGGAGUUGAAACGACGGAACCUGCUUUGUAGAGGAGUGAAAACUGCCCUCAUUGCCCGGCUCAAGCAGGCAAUUGAAGAGGAAGGAGGUGAUCCUGAUUAUGUUGACCUGUCUUCUUCCUGUGAUACUUUGAAAAAGAAAGCAGGGGCUGAAAGCAAAAGUGAGAUAGAAGAAACAGAUGAUCUAAGUGAAGAUGCCUCAGAGAAAGAUAAUUUACUUUUCAAGGAAAGUCAGUCAGAAAAUUCAGAGACCAGUGAUCUGAAUGGGCAUGACAAACUGAAGGACUCUGAAGAAGUCGGUGAAAAUGAUGAAUAUAAUAAUUCCAAGGAUUUUUCUACUGCUGGUCAUAAAAAAGGUCAUGAGUUAAAACAGGUAGAAGCAAUACAAGGCAAAGUAAAAGACCUUAAAAAUCAGGAAAAUGAAGGUCAAGACAGGGAAGAUGAUACCAUUCUUACAAUCCCAGAUAUUGAAGAAGAAAAGGAAAAAGAUACAAUAGGUUCUGGUGAUGGUACACAAGAAGUACCCAAUCAUCUUCCUUCAGAAGAGAAACUAGAUGAGGCUGAUCAAUGGGUUCAUGAAGAGAGAGAAGGUAAUGUGCCUGUGAAAGAAUCUGAGGAUGACAUUUUGCUCACAAUCCAGGCUGAAGAUAUCAUCUUUAUGGAUUUUGAUGGUGACGACCUAGAAACAGAUAAAAAUGUGAAAAUUACAGAGUCUGAAGCAAGUAAGCUAGAAGAUGGGCAGGAUGCCUUUGCAAAGAGCCUGGAGAAGGAAAGCAAAGAUUAUGAACUGAACAAGAGUCAUAAAGAUGGUAAGAAGGAAGAACAAGUCAAGGGUGAUACUGCUAAAAAGGAAACCAGAAAAAAUCCUAAGAAAGCAGAAUCUGAAGACAAAGAAAAGGAUACUUUCAAAAAAGGACCCUUGUCUACUGAGGCCUCUUGUCAAACAAAAAACUCUUCAAAGAAAUCUAAGGAAAGCAAAACAUUGUCUUCAAGUAUCGCACAUCUUCCUCUUACAGAAAUUCCUGGACAACAGAUUUCUGUUGAGAAAAUAAAAGGUGAUCCUUCUAAGAAAGAAUUAAAGAAAGAAAGUGAUGAAAAAUCAAGUUCAGGCAGAAAUACUAGAGAUAGAAGAUUCACAACAAAUGAUAAAACUAACAAGACUCAAGUCUCUACUAAAAAAGAAGAUAAAAAAUCUGACAAAAAAGAAAGUAAGGAUUGUAGGAGAGCAGAAGAUAAAGAUGAGAAGGAUGUUAAUAGACCAAAAAGUCCAACUUCAGUGUUAAUUAAAAAAAGGGAAGAAAUUAAACAAAUAAGUGUGAAGAGCCCAAGUCAUGUGGUAAUUUUUGAUCAAACUAAAGGAGAUCAUUCUAGAUUCGCAAGAAGGGAGAAAUGUGACAAAUUGGCAAGGAACAAGGAGAGGGCUAGGCAAGAUGGAAAGGACAAAGAUUACAAAAGUCAAAAAGAUAUAUCAUCUUUGGAAAAACUGAAGGAUCAGAGAAUGCCAGAACAGCUAGUAAGCCUAGAAAGAACACAAGCAAUGGAACUUAGAAGGCAAAGAGAGAUUGUAGAGAUGCAUCGAGAGUGGGAACGCAUUAGAAUGUUUCGAGAAGAGGAGGAACUCCAGCUCUUUCAGAGAGAAAGAGAGCGACUUAAAAUUGAAAGGCAAAAACUAGAGAGAGAGAGAAUGGAGCGCAAACGCUUGGAAGAAGAACGCAUUCAAAUCAGAUAUGAACGUUUGAAGGAAGCCGAACGUUUUGCUCGGGAACGAGAAGAAUUGAGAAGGCAACAACAGCAACUUCGUUAUGAGCAAGAAAAAAGGAAUUCUUUGAAACGGCCACGUGAUGUAGAUCAUUGGCGAGAUGAUUCUUACUGGAAUAAGAGUAAAAAACUGUCUCAUGAUACAGAUGCACGAUUUAGGCAUGGAUCUGACUAUAAUCGCCAACAGAACAGAUUUUAUUACUUUGAUCACAGAGAGAGGACCCAAUUCCCUGAGGAUACAGCAUCUCUUGAUGCUUCAACUUUUGAAAGGCAGGAGCACUUUGUCAGUCAAGGGGAAAGGAAAAAAAAAUAUCCAAUUGAACAAAGAGAAGAAGAUCCAGGGUUUGAAAAGUAUCCCCCAAAUUUCAGUGAUUCCAGAAGAAAUGAGCCACCACCAUCAAGAAAUGAACUUAGAGACACCGAGAGACAAGAAAUGUGGGGAGAUAGAAUUGAGAGACCAGUUCAUGACAGGUCUGGUGCAUCUCGUAGAUAUCCUAGAGAGGGUGGUGCAAAUCCUCUAAGACAAACCUCUUGGAAUCAUGAAGGUGGCAUGAACACGGAAAAAUGGAACACAAAGAUUGAAAGACCAGAGAGAUCAGGAAGAGAAGUUUCUGGACACGUUAUAGGAGGGAACGGAAACAGUUCUUCUGGUUAUGGAAGCAGAGAUGGAGAUAGAGGAAAGAGGAAGUGGUGGACAGCAGGAUUCUGAAGAUCAAUAUAUGAUUGAAUACCAUGGAGGCGGAACAAAAGGACCAAGAAAAGAAUGGCAUGGUCCAAGUUCUCAAGACAGUGACACAAGGAGAAUGAGUACAGGAGGAGCAGGCAUGAUACCUCAGCAUAAAAGCAACUCAUCAUCAAUUAAUAGAAUUGAGCAGUUUACAGGCAAUGCUAUAUAAAGAGAAAGGGGCUUUGAAUUUAAGCCAUUUAAAGGUGGACUUCCAAGAAGAUUCUGAAUUCAGCUGCUUGACACCAUUUCAAGGUGAUUUAUUGAAAUCUCUUGUAAACUUUUAACAGAUAAAUCAGAGGACAAUAUGACUUACCCAGGAGUUUUGUCAAACUCCUUUCUCCCCCUUUUCUUUCUUUUUUUAAAACAUGAUUGCUUUCCUCAAUUGAGAAGGUAUUUUCAUAGUUGGAACAUUUUUUUCCCCUGUAGCAUUAGAGUCCCAUUUAAGAAGUAAAGAAGUAAAGAAAAUUUGAAUGGAAACCAUUUUAACAUAUGAAGAGUAGUUUGCAACUGGAUAAUAGUUAUUUUUAGUUACCAGCAUCAAUUCUGUCACCUCAGACUUUAAAGUUGCACACGGUGUCACAAGAAACAUUUAUUACCUUCAUCUUGGAGUUCAUAAAUAUAUUGAAGCUAAAAAAAUAUUGCCACCUAAUUUGUAGAAAUAAAACUGUUCCUUGUAUGUCCAAGUAUUCUAUAACCUUUGUUUGCAGAAGAUACUGUUACAUUAAGUGCAUCUGUGUAUCCUAGUAAAAAUAUUCCUUUUUGAAUGAGGGAAUGUUCCUCAAUUGGGGAAUAUCUGAAUAAAUUAUGGUAUGUGAUGGAGAUGGAAAACUAUUGUGCUAUAAGGAAUGAUGAAUUGAUGGAUUUUUAUAAGAACUGGGAAGAGCUAUAAGAACUGAUGUGCAGUGAAAUAAGCAGAAUCAAGAAAAUAUACACAGUAACUGAAACACUGUGGAAUGAUCAAAUGUGAUUGACUGCUACUAAAGGCAAUGAUCCAGGACAAUUCUAAGGGACUAAUGAGAAAGAAUGCUAUCUGCAUCUAAAGAAAGAACUGUGGGAGUAGAAAUGCAGAAGAAAACAUGUAAAUUAUCACUUUUUUAUAUGAGUAUGUGAUUUAGGGUUUUGGUUUUAAAGGAUUGCUCUUUUGUAAAAAUGAAUAAUAUGGAAAUGGGUUUGAGUGAUUUUAUAUAUAUAAUUGCUUGUCAACUCCAGGAAGGAGGAAGGAGGAAGGGGGAGAGGAGAGAGAAAAUCAUGUAACCAUGGAAAUUUUUUAAAAAUUAAACAAAUUACUCUGGCA